CACGAUGCAUUGGUUAAAGAGGCUCAUCACGCCUUUCUACACGAAAAUGCUUUAAAUCCUAUGAUUUUCCCCAGUUUGAGGAAAAUGGAGACUGAGAUUCUCAGUAUGUCGGCUGAUAUGUUAAACGGAGAUGAAGAAGCGUGUGGAUUCCUUACCUCUGGUGGUACAGAGAGUGUUCUAAUGGCCGUCAAAACAUACAGAGAUAGAGCUCAAAAACUAUUUCCUCACAUCAAAAAUCCAGAAAUCGUAACCCCGAUAACAGUACAUCCGGUUAUAGAGAAGGCAGCACAUUAUUUUGGAUUGAGCAUCACAAGAACACCAAUAGGUCCUGAUUUUAGAGCCAACGUCAAGGCCAUGGAGAGGGCCAUAACCUCGAACACAAUCUUACUGGUAGGGUCGGCUCCUCAGUUCUGUCAUGGUAUCGUUGACGAUAUAGAAGCUAUGUCUGAUCUUGCCUUGCAGACAGGUCUACCUCUUCAUGUUGACGCCUGUUUCGGGGGUUUUAUGCUUCCAUGGGUAGAAAAACUAGGAUAUGAAGUGCCCAAAUGGGAUUUCAGGUGUCCAGGAGUAACAUCCAUAUCUGCUGAUAUUCACAAAUAUGGUUACACCGUUAAGGGUUCAAGUGUGGUGGUUUAUCGAAACGCCGAGUUGAGAAAAUACCAGAUAUUUGUGUAUGCCGAGUGGCCUGGAGGAUUAUAUGGUUCUCCUAGUAUGGCUGGAACUAGAGGAGGGGGUAAUAUAGCGGCGUCGUGGGUUUGUAUGAGAUCUCUAGGUAAAGAUGGAUAUAUGAGGAAAGCUAAAGAACUGAUGGAUAUCACCAACAAGCUGAAAGAUGGUAUCAAUAACAUAGAUGUAAGUAUAGGAUUGUGUAUCCUUGGUAACCCAUCUAUGACAGGAUUCUCCAUUGGUUCCAAUAACCCGGAUGUUGAUAUCUUGGCUGUAGCAGACGCCAUGGAAAAGAAAGGUUGGAAAAUUGAAAGACAACAGAAUCCGUUCUGUUUACACUGUUCCAUCUUACCUCAUCACGCACCUGUCACCGAUAAACUACUGGACGAUUUGAAAAACAGCACUGACGAGUGUAGGAACAACAAGUCUCUAUCUAAGAGUGGCACGGCCGGUGUUUACGGGAUGAUGGCCAGUAUUCCUGAUAAAGGUCUCAUCAGUGACUUCAUUGUGGAGUUCUUCAGUGAAGUUUACAAAUGUAAAUAA